GGCGACUACAACGCCUCCCUGGACUACCUCGAGAACGACACCUCCCCGUGCGUCUUGCAGGAGGUCCGGGAGUUCUCCAGGCUCUUCGUGCCCAUCACUUACUCGCUGAUCUGUGUGUUCGGCCUCCUGGGCAACGUCUUGGUGGUGCUCACCUUCGCCUUCUACAAGAAGGCCAAGUCCAUGACCGACGUGUACCUCUUGAACAUGGCCGUCGCAGACAUCCUGUUCGUCCUCACGCUCCCGUUCUGGGCGGUCACUCACGCCACCGGCGAGUGGGUCUUCAGCAGCGCCCUGUGCAAGCUGGUGGCGGGCAUCUACGCCGUCAACUUCAACUGCGGGAUGCUGCUGCUGGCCUGCGUCAGCCUGGACCGCUACAUCGCCAUCGUCCAGGCCACCAAGUCCUUCCGCCUCCGCUCCAGGACGCUGGCGCACCGCCGGGUGAUCUGCCUCUCCGUGUGGGUGGUGUCCCUCCUCAUCUCCGUCUCGACCUUCACCUUCACCCAGAAGUACAACACGCAGGGCUACGCCGUGUGCGAGCCCCGGUACCGCGGCGUCUCGGAGCCCAUUCGCUGGAAGCUGCUGAUGCUGGGCCUGCAGCUCCUCUUUGGCUUCUUCAUCCCGCUGGUGUUCAUGAUCUUCUGCUACCUGUUCAUCGUCAAGACCCUGGUGCAGGCCCAGAAUUCCAAGCGGCACAGAGCCAUCCGCGUGAUCGUGGCCGUGGUGCUGGUGUUCCUGGCCUGUCAGAUCCCGCACAACAUAGUGCUGCUGGUGACGGCCACCAACCUGGGCCGGAUGGACCGGUCCUGCCGCGGCGAGAAGCUCACGGCCUACACCAAGAACUGCACCGAGGUCCUGGCCUUCCUGCACUGCUGCCUCAACCCCGUGCUGUACGCCUUCAUCGGCCAGAGGUUCAGGAGCUACUUUCUGAAGAUCGCGAAGGACCUGCUGUGCGUGCGGAGGAAGCAGAAGUCCCCGGGCUUCUGCUCCCGGCCGCACUCGGACACCUUCAUCUCCAGGCAGACCAGCGAGACCGCGGACGACAACGGGUCGUCCUUCACCAUGUGA